AGUCUCUCUCUCUCUCUCUCUCUCUCUCUCUCCAGCGGCCAAAAGCUACAAAUAGAGGUUGUCUCUGUUUGUUUGUAACUGAUCGAAGAUGAGCUCUCAGAUUUGCAGAUCAGCUUCUCGAGCUGCGAGGUCUCUCCUCUCUGCUCCGAAGCAGAGCUCUCGUUUCUUUUCCGAAGGGCGGGCAGCAGCUGCAGCAACAGCAUUUUUGGUCAAAGGAAAGGUGCCGUAUCUAGCUUCAUUUGGGAAGGCUGAUUCUGGAAAUGGAUCUAGAGGAUGGAUUUCUGGAGCCCUUGCCCUUCCUGCUGCAGCUUACAUGCUUCAGGAGCAAGAGGCACAUGCGGCAGAGAUGGAACGUACAUUUAUUGCUAUCAAGCCUGAUGGAGUUCAGAGAGGCCUGAUCUCAGAAAUCAUAUCACGUUUUGAGAGGAAAGGUUAUAAGCUUGUGGCCAUCAAAAUUGUAGUUCCUUCGAAGGAAUUUGCUCAGAAGCAUUAUCAUGAUCUUAAGGAAGGACCUUUCUUUAAUGGCCUUUGCGAAUUUCUUAGCUCUGCCCCUGUUAUUGCAAUGGUUUGGGAAGGUGUGGGAGUGAUAAAAUAUGGUCGGAAACUUAUUGGAGCCACGGAUCCCCAGAAAUCAGAACCUGGAACCAUCAGAGGUGAUCUUGCUGUUGAGGUUGGAAGAAAUAUCAUUCAUGGGAGUGAUAGCCCUGAGACAGCCAAGGAUGAAAUUAACUUAUGGUUCAAACCAGAGGAGUUGGUUAGUUACACAAGCAACGCAGAGAAGUGGAUCUAUGGAGUCAACUGA